CAUCAGCUGUUUCAAUCAGGUUCAACUAGCUGCUAUGCUAUCAAACAGGUUGCUUAGCAGACAGACAGCCCACUGUUGAGCUUCACUAAAUCCUGCAGGGAGUUCUGACAGCACAUGGAGGACCGAGUGAAGAUGCGGACAUGUGACUGCGCAUAGGAAAACCUGAAGAUGGACAAGGAGAGCAAACUAUCCUCUGCUGUCCACUCUUUUGACCACACACAACAGAGGAGACUGAGGAAGGGGCCUGCUGAGCACCACACAACCUCCUCACCGCCUCUGAUCUUACCUAAUCCUUAUGUGUCCGACCAGAGUUUAAAAGGGAACCGGUCUGGUGUGAGCCCAACGCAGAGUCCAUCCAACACAAAUGGAGUGCCAGCAGGAAUAGGAGGAGAUGUGUCGAGGAGUCAUGGCUACAGCAGCAGCCGGCGCGUUAGAGAGGCCAGCGAUGAUUUCCUGCAGAGAGACAGGUCUGCACGGGAUCCACAAGCAAAGACAUCAAAAAGCAACAAUGACUCAAACGCUCAAGGCAGAGUCAUGGGCAAGAACUCACUGGAUGCACAGAGAAAAGGUUUCAGAGGCGCUCGACCCGCCCCGAACUCUGCAGGGAAGUCAAAACCAGCACAGGCCGAUUUGGUCCCGUUUGAAGUGAAGAUGACAGAUUUCCCGGAGCUGGCUGGUGUUUCUCUGGGCAAAGCAGGCCCUCCUCUUGUUCAGAGAGAGUGCUGGGGUCCAACUCCUCCACCCACCAACCCUCAAACACAAACAUCUGUAUUUUCCUGGAAGUCUGGCAGGAGAGGAUCCUCAACACAGCUGGACCCCCAACAAAUUGCCACUAAGGCAGAUUCCUCUGCUGCCUUAUCAGGUCAGACAGUGGUGACUUCCUGGGCUAACGUUGCCUCUCAACCUCCAAAGAAACCUGUCCCUAAAGAGAAGACAAUCAGCAGCAACCAGAUGCAGACGGAGAAAAUUCUUGCACAACAGGAAGAUGGAGGCCCAGGGAAGAAAAAGCGAAAGAAAAAGAAGAAGAAAGCUAAAGGAGCUGGUGAAGACAUAGAAGCUGAGGCAGAAGGGCCACCAACUUAUCAAGAGCCUCCAAAAUUUGAGGAUGAAGAGGAGUUUCCAGGCUUGACUGUUGCUUUGACUGGGAUCGACAGAUUCUUCACAAGCAGCAAUGCAGCAAAACUAUGCAAUGAGGAAAACCAAAGAGAAGGUGUGCAGCAUCAGUCUGCUGACCAAUCAAAGGAAAAAUCACCCUCAGCAAAAAGCCAGCCCGCAGAGACGGCUAAAAAAGGACAGAAAGCUGAAAAGGCGUCUGGGAAGAAGAGCAAAGUUCCUGUUCAGCUAGACAUUGGAAACAUGUUGGCCGUGCUGGAAAAGAAGCAACAAUCUCAAAAAGCUAAGCAGGACGCCAAGCCAGUCAUUCUCUCAGUUGGUGGAGGACUACCUGUUGUCCAGAAGCAAGCAUUAGCACAGAAGAAGCCGCCUUGGCAGCAGGAUAAAAUUGCACACAAUCCUCUGGACUCCACCAGCCCUUUGGUGAAGAAAGGCAAGCAGAGAGAGGUGCCCAAAGCCAAGAAACCCACUCCUCUCAAAAAGGUCAUUUUGAAAGAAAGGGAGGAGAGGAAACAAAGACGUUUGCUGGAGGAGAGAGGGCUGCUGCCUGAAAAUGAGUUCCAACCUGCUAAUGAUGCUGCAGAAGAAGAGCAGUGUGACACAAAUGCCACAGAUGAGGUUGGGAGUCCUACAGAGGAACUUGAUGAUCAGCUAGAGUUUAAUGGCACAAACCAGAUGGUAAAGGAAGGUGAUGAAGAGACCGACAAAGAUGAGACCGUAGAGCGACAAACCACCUCACCUGUGCCCUGCCCGGCCAACCAACCCAAAAUCCACAGCAGAAAGUUCAGAGACUACUGCAGCCAGAUGCUGAGUAAAGACGUGGACGAGUGUGUGACGGCUCUGCUAAAGGAGCUGGUUCGUUUCCAGGACCGACUGUACCAGAAGGACCCCAUGAAGGCCCGCAUGAAAAGACGCAUUGUGAUGGGGCUCAGAGAGGUCCUGAAGCACCUCAAACUCAGGAAGGUCAAGUGUGUCGUCAUUUCACCCAACUGUGAACGCAUCCAGUCCAAAGGAGGCCUGGAUGAAGCUCUUUACACCAUCAUCGACACUUGUCGUGAACAGGGGGUGCCAUUCGUGUUUGCCCUCUCCAGGAAAGCUUUGGGUCGCUGCGUCAACAAGGCAGUGCCUGUCAGCCUGGUGGGCAUCUUCAACUACGACGGUGCACAGGAUGUCUAUCAUAAGAUGAUCGAGUUGUCGUCUGAGGCUAGGAGAGCCUAUGAAGUGAUGGUGUCGAGCCUGGAACAGACGGGCGAGGCAGAGACGGAGCAGGUGUUGAACACUGAAGACCUGCAGAUCAGCAGCCUGGCUGAGGAGGCUGAGCCCAGUCCUGACGCCACGAACCCAGAGGAACCAGAAUACAUAAAAAUUUGGAAGAAAAUGUUGGAGAAGGAUUACAACCACACAUUUCUGAACUUUGAGGAGCAGCUGAGCUCCAUGCACUUGGAAAGUGAAUGUACUGAAAACGCUGAUGAAGAUGAGAAGAGUUGACAGUGGCAAAGCCUUCCGUGCCUAAAAAAAAAAAAGAAACAAACCCACUCAUGCUGAUUGCCAUUUUAGAAGAAACUAGGAUGGACUUAAUCCCACAUGCAGAGGAAGAGCAAUGCAAAGUGCUCUGCUGCUGCAAUUCUCACCCUGGGGAUUUUUGUCAGGAAAUUACUCAUGUGGCUGAUGUCUGCAAUGAAUCAUGAAUUCCUUUCUCUUUGUUUUGAAUAGCUAAAGUCAUAUGUUUUUGUUUGAGUUGAAAUUAUUUUAAGAGUGUGUGGGGGGUUGAUAAACUGGAAAGAUUAACCACUCACCUACUAGGACCAAACCACUCACUUGAAAAGAUCCCACAAUAUGAAUUUUCAAUCAUGUUGUCUAUUAGCACCCCACAAGGAUGAGCAGGCGUUUAUGUACUGAAUGUGUGUCAAAUAUCAACCAGUUAUUUACUACUAAGAAAUUAUCAGUGACAUUUUGAUGCUGUUUUAUUGUUGCAAUUUCUUUUUCUCUUCUGGGUUAGGUUCAGAAUGUUUGUGGCAUUUUGCCUUUAUUCAACAGGGACAUUAGAGAGGUGACAGGAAAUGAAGGGGGAGAGAUGAUGGACAGCAUGCAACAAAAGAUCCCCAGCCAAAAUCACACACUUGAGAAAUUGAAGUUUGUUAAUGUAGAAAAGAUUUGAGGUUGUUGGAAAACUCAGCACUGUCCCCAAACUGUGCAUGCCACUGGUAGUUCCACAUCCACACAAUUUUGGAUUUGUAACUUCAGGGUUGCACACGGUGUGGGAACUUAGUUUCACAGUUUUUCACUUAAUUUUUUUCUCUUCUUGAUCUAAUUUGUGCAGAAAUGUAUUUACAUAUUCUCAAAAAUAUUUCUAUAACUACAAAUCUUUCCUACACAUUAACAUAACAGUUUUUCAUAGAUUUCACAAGCUCAGAAUCUUAUUGAGCCGUGUUUAAAGCCCACAGUCUCAAACCCUUAGGCCACCGUGCUACACCUAGGUUCAGUUUAGGGUUAAAAAUUAACCUAUGCUCUUUCUUUGCAUAAGAGAGGAAAUCCUUUUUUGCAUGACAAGUCAGAACUUUGUUUAUUUUAUCCUGAUUGCACUACAUAGUAGAGACUUUUUUUAUUUGUCUGAGACUACCAAAGUACUACACAUAGUAUGUUGUACUGCCUGUGAUUAGAUGUGAAUGGUAGCGUUUGAUUUUCUUGAAAGAGGAAAAACAGCUAAAUGAUGUAAAGAAAAAAAAACAUUACCUGCUGUUAACUUGAUUCUGUUAAAAAGUUUAGUGAGUUUUCUGUUUACCUACAUAGUGAUUGGAAAAAAAAACAUAAAAUAGCAUAAUGAUAAAAUAGCAUAAUGAUAAAAAAGUGCUAAGUGUCCAUCACAUGUUGAAACAAAGCAAUAAGUGAUGAAAUUUGAAAUGGGCAAAAUUUAUUCAGAAUUCAGAUUUCAGGAAUGAAAUGAAUAUUGUAUAGGAUCAUAUUUUUUUACACCUAUGAAGAUGUAAAAAAUUGCAUUUAUCUUGAAGUAGAAGUUGCUUGGGUUCAUGCAAGGUAAUCCCGAUAGGAUACUAGACUA